AAGAUAAUGUCGAAGCCUUAUCCCACCGACGGUCGACUCUACUGCCGAGUGACAUUCGACGGUUGGGGAUGCUGGGACUACACGCUGGCGGGGACCAAAGGCAAUAUAACCUGCCCUUCAUUUGUAGUUGGCUUUGAUCCGGCAUUCAAGGCUUACAAGGAGUGCUUGCCAAACGGCACCUGGUGGCGUCACCCGGACACCGGAAAUCCGUGGUCUAACUACACGACAUGCGUCAACAUGGAAAACCUGCAGGAAAAAGGCUGAACGUUGCAAUUGUUCAUCGCCGGCUACUCCUGCUCC